UCUCCAAGAAGCCUUUCCUUGAAUCGCUUUCCUGGGGAAUAGAUUCCAACAAACAGCCAGUCCAGGCAUGGAAGGGACUCCAGAUGCACCCCCAGAGGAUGACUUCUCGCGGAUCGUGGAUCGGGUUCAAGAGAAGCUACAGUACCGGUUCGCGGACGGGGAAUUGGUGAGGGAGGCCUUGACACACGGUUCCUACUACUACCCUUUGAAGGGCGGGGUGUGCUACGACAGGUUGGAGUUCAUAGGAGACUCGGUGCUUAAUUUCCUCGUAUCGGAUCACUUGGUCAAGCUCUACCCCGGCCUCUCCCCCGGUCAGCUGACCCUCCUCCGGUCCGCAAACACGGACACAGAGAAGUUGGCGCGGGUUGCGUUCCGGCACGGGCUGCACAAGCUCUUGCGCCACAAGGUCACUAUCUUGGAACAACAGGUUGAGCAAUUGCGGCGAGACAUCGAAGACUUUCCGAUACAUUCCAGUGGCCUCAUUGAUGCACCGAAAAUACUUGCAAACGUCACUGAAUCGUUGGUGGGAGCUGUCUACGUCGAUUGUGGCCACUCACUGGACACUGUUUGGAAGGUAUUCAGGAAAAUGCUGGAGCCCUUUAUAACUUUGGAGACAUUGGGAAAGCACCCAGUGAGUGAAUUGCAUGAGUAUUGCCAGAAAAAAGGAAUAAACGUGACAUUUGUGAGAUGUGAAUGGAAGUGUGGUUCCAGAGUUCAGGUCUGGUUAGAAGGGCAGUUAAUGGGGGUGGGAAGCUGCAACAAGAAAGAGGGUGCCAAAAACAGAGCUGCCAAAGCAGCUCUAGCUAAUCUCAAGAAAAGUGAACAUAUCCAAGAUGAAGCCAAUGAAAGCCAAUCCUCAUAUUGACUUGUCAGGUUACUCAUUUCUUUGGCUAUUUUGUAAAAGAGUCUGGAUGGAUUGUACAUAGGACAUGUAACGGUGUCAAAAGGAUCAUGUUUCCAUGUAUACAAACCGUAGCUGCUGGGACCUUUUAACUCGAACCAUCACUUGCCUCCCUAGAUGAACAUCUCAGAUGUAGGAAGCUCUAUCUCACCUUUUGACAGUGAGAAAAUUGUUUUUGUUUUUGUCAUUUAUGGGGAGCUUGUUUCCCACAAAAUACAAUGAUUCUUUCAUUAUUUUGUUGUGUGUUUUGACUUAUGUUUGCAAAAAAUGAUACAUAUAUCUCUCUCUCUACACACACACACACACACA